GCCAGCGUUUCCCCCGGCAUGGUCAGGGGAACAACAACCCGAUCUCCGACAUCGUGUCCCAGUUCCGGGGGGCACUCGAGGGGGCGCAGGGCUUGGGGCAACUCGCGCAGAUGGGGAUGAUGUUGUCCCAGGUGCAGGGUGCAGGAGCUCCAGGGCCCGCUUGCGCCUGCCGGGGCGGCGGCGGCUAUGCCUGCACCUGCCGCGGCACCCCCUGCGCCGCAACCUUCCGAGUCCGCCCGAGAGCUUGCAUCGGCCCUGGUCACAGUGCUGAAGCAGAGCCAGCCGGCCAGCAAUGACCCUGCGCCGCACGAAGCAAAAGUGGAAUCCGCAGUGAAGGAAUCGACGAGGCUGACGGGAGGCACCACCUCGCCGAUGUCGUUCGACGCCCAACUCGAGAGUUCGAACGCGUUCAAGAAAUUGAAGAAGGACGUAGGUGCUCUGACGGAGCAAACGGAGCUGCAGCGCGACGAGAUCAAGGAGAUCAAGAUGACAGUCGCCUCCAGCAGCAGUGACAUCAAGGAAAUCAAGAACCUCUGCGUGGAAGCGAUCCGGGGGGGCCGGGCGGAACGCCCGCCAGCGCCGCCCCCUGAGGCCGGGGCCUUGGCAGCAACGCUCUUCACCGCGCCAGUGACUUCAGAGAUCCAGUCCACGGCAUUGCCCCUCAUGGGCGUCGGCGUGAACCGGCAAGAGGUCAAGGAUAUUGCCACGAACCUCGAUGGCAAUCCCAUGCCCUUCGUGGAUUGGUGGCAGGCCGUGCAGCGCUUCAAGACCCUCGAGCAGUGGAAGAGGAAGGUCCAGGUGGUCAGCGAGGGCAAGUUUACAGGCACAGUCCAGACCAAAGACCACGUUGGACAGGCGUUCUACCGCCACGUGAGCGCCGAGGGCGAGUGGAGCGAAAUGCCGCUUCAGCCCCCCGCACAGGCCCUUGAGCAGUGAUUGCUGGCAGCGCGUGCUCUUGCGCUGGUGUUGUGGGGUUUACGUUGGGCAGCAACUUUAUAGAGGCAUGUUGCAAAAUUUGCGAGGAGUUCAUUGGUGGGUCUCCUCGGGGCAGCCGCCGUGGCCAUUUCCUUGACGUUGGGAGUAUGCGUCAAAUUUGGCAUCACAUUCCUCGCAGCAGGGGCGCGCCUCAUGCUCUCGUCGGUCAUGAACAGCGCAGGGAAUUCUCUGUUCGGACCGGGCGGCGCCGUGGAGAAUGCCAUCUUCAACGGCUCCACCGCCCAGCCGCAGUGCACUCUCGAGGGCGACGUGUACCAGAACCUGACGUUCACGGUUGCUCCUGAGCACGGGUUGUACCCGCGCGUAAAUUCACAGGGCUCGAUAGCACGGGCCAUCGCUGACUCAGUUGCCCACUGCCCCACGCCCCGUGCCAUCACCGAGUGCAGUAGCUGAGAUAUCGCGUGGUUUCAAGCCGUAGUGCAUCCCAUGAUACCUCGCCUCGCAAGCCGGGCCGCGCGGUCACCAGCGUUCCAAAGGUUGUUGCAGGGAAGCUCGCAACACACUCUAGCAGUAUUGCUUGUUGUCGCUAGCGUGCUGCCGAGAGCGGGGCGUGGACUGAUGGCCCUGCGAGGGUAGGAAGGACUUUGUAUAAGACGGGCUUUUCCCUCUCGUGAUACUCCCCCCCCCCCAUGGAGGAGUUGAUUCCGGGAGAAAGUUUUCGUCAUGUGCUGGUUCUUUUGAGGGCCCGUCUAGGAUGCGAGUGCAAGCGGUUCUAUAUCUUGGGAGCCCGUGUAGGAUACGAAUGAAGCGAGCCCGUAUCUCGGGAAAACGUGUAUGAUACAAAUUUGAGCGAAUGUUGAAUGUUCGCUGAACGGGUUUUCCCCUGGUGCUCUCGUCGAGUUUCAGGCCGCCAGUGAAACCGACCCCUUUCAGUCGAAAAGGGUCGUUUUUCGUCUUUGGAGUUUUUUAGUGUAAGAUGCCCGAUUCCAUCGCGUUCGAAUGAAGGUUUUAACUUUCCAGGGCUCGUUCUUUUUUCGUUGUUCUUGACAGGGAACGGGCAUGCUGCAGCGCAUGUUGGCUCGAUCCCAAGCCAUUCGUGCGAGAGGCCUGCCAAGCUUUAGGUCGACGCUCAAGCGUUUAGCCUCCAGACGCGCACACUGCAGUGGGGUGCGGCAG